UAUCAUCCUAAUUUUCAUUUCUUCUGACAUUAACCUUCCCAUGUUUCAGAAUACCAUCAGUUGUAGAGUAGCUGAAGUCUCUUCUUGAUCGGGUUCUACUGGAUCUAAAUGGUGUUUGGUGAUAUGUUCAGGUGAAAAAUGCAAGAUGCAAAGAAGAUUGAGAUCGCUAAACCUAUGGCAGCAAGGCCUUCCAAAUUCAGAUCCAUCCCCGACCUCCUUGCAAGAGGCGCAAGUUCUCCUCCUGCAUCUUCUUUUCCUGAGGAAACAGUUGCCAUCAAACCAAAGACUACGAGACUUAAAUCCUCAUCACAUGAUUCUGCAGCUAGAGUUGUUUCUCCAGCCGAUGAUGAAUCAGAAUCAGUUCCCUCUCGUUUGUCGGAGAAGGUAUCUGUGACAACCAUGAGAGCAGAGUCUGAAUCAAAUGUUUUAUACAAACCUACUGCAAAAUUUAUUUCGAGGGCCACUGCUUCUCUCUUGGCGAAUCUGGGAAACGUAGAUGCCGUUCAUCAACAGCCUGCUGCGAAUAAUCAACUCCCAGUUUUAGUUCUAGAGAAAGUAAAACCAAAUUACAAUUACCAUCCUACCUACAGCCGUCAGCGGAUUUCACCUUCGCAGUUUGAUACGAAGCAGACUUACGAGCCUUCAAACUUGGUGCCUCAGAACAUGGAACCUGAUAUGAGGACUCAGGAAUCCAUAGGUAGUGGAGAUCGGCCGUCUUACGAUGGUUACAAUUGGAGAAAGUAUGGGCAGAAGCAAGUCAAAGGUAGCGAGUACCCGAGAAGCUACUACAAAUGCACACACCCUACAUGUCCUGUCAAGACGAAAGUGGAGAGAUCAUUUGAUGGACAAAUAGCCGAAAUAGUCUACAAGGGUGAGCACAAUCAUCCAAAGCCUCAACCUCCCAAGCGACAGUCAUCAGGUCCACAAGAGCAGGUCUUCGUCGCCGAAGAGUAUGGGAGGGAGACUCUCAAUUCAUUAUGGAGUAAUUGUGUGUUAGAAAUGAGUGUGUCCACUGGAAGUAUGGAUAACCAUAACGAAGUCAGUUUGUGUGGGAUUCUUACCUAUCCAGGGCAGAUGACGUUUUCCCAUGAUCCUCAUGCCGCUAGCUCGCAAGAGAAGGAAGAAUGAUGAUCAAGUUAGUGGAGUGAACGGUGCUGCAGAAGGUGUCGUAGAACGUCACUCAGGGAUGCAUACCUCCACGGAAUCUGAAAUCUCUGGAGAUGGCUAUCACUGGAGAAAGUACGGACAGAAAGUGGUGAAAGGAAAUACUUAUCCAAGAAGUUACUACCGAUGCACCGGCCCCAAAUGCAAUGUGCGUAAGUACGUCGAGAGGGCUUCAGAUGAUUCAGGUUACUUUGUCACUACGUAUGAGGGGAAGCACACUCAUGAGAUGCCGGCUAGAACAAUGAACUUUGCUGCUUGUGACCCUGACGCAGCAGCUCCUCAUCACCCAUUUAUAACAUGAAUCCAUACCAUCACCCAACAAUUUUCAUCUUACGCUCUGCAUGAGAAGAUGAUGAAGAAGUUACUCCCCGGUCACAGCAAAACUACUAACAUCUACGUUGUGUCUAUAUGUCAACUGUGGUCUUAGGAAGCCUUUUAGAAUUACUUCCAUUCCCUCUUGCUACUUCUUCACUAUGAACACAGAUGAUGCUUCAUAGUACUUACUAUAAGCUAAAUAGGCCUCACGCCUCACACAGGUAACUUACUUUUUGAUGCGUCAAAGGUGUAUUGAUAUAUGAAUUGUACUUUUUUAUAUCAUUUUGACGUAGUUUCAUUACAAUAACUCUGUUGGGAUAUAAACCCUCUACGAGGUUGAAUUUUAUGUUCAUUUCCAGUGGACUCUACCUACAGAUUUUUUUACUCCAGUUCAUUUUUGGGUAACUUGUAUUGAGUUGUUGUACACAAUAAACACAAGUGUAAG